UGAUUUUGUUAUCUUAUAUAUGACAUGUUUGAUAACUGCUUUUUAAUAGACUGUACUGUUUUAGAGUGCUACUUUUAUUUCUUAUUCUUCGGUUUAGUGCUCCCAAAAAUGUCGGAAAUUUAUGAUGCUGAAUACGACAAGGAACAUCCAAGAAAUCUUAUUCCAGAACUAUGUCGGCAGUUCUAUCAUCUCGGAUGGGUGACUGGUACCGGUGGCGGUAUCUCCAUAAAACAUGAAGAUAAAAUCUACAUAGCACCUUCUGGUGUACAAAAAGAACGGAUGGCGCCCAAUGAUUUGUUUGUGCAAGAUAUCAAUGGAACAGAUUUGGAACUGCCUCCGUCAGAAAAGAAACUCAAGAAGUCACAAUGUACACCAUUGUUUAUGUGCGCAUAUUUAAAACGGCAUGCAGGUGCUGUGAUUCAUACACAUUCCAAAUUUGCUGUGAUGGCAACAUUAUUAUGGCCUGGCAAGGAAGUCAGACUCACUCAUCUUGAAAUGAUAAAAGGCAUAUGGAAUCAGAAAUUAGGCAGAGCAUAUCGUUAUGACGAGGAAUUGGUGAUACCCAUUAUAGAAAAUACUCCCUUUGAGAGAGACUUAACGAACGAUUUAGAUGAAACUAUCGUUCGUUACCCCGAAACAUGUGCAGUGUUGGUACGCAGACAUGGAAUUUACGUAUGGGGCGAUUCUUGGCAACAGGCAAAAACUAUGACGGAAUGUUACGAUUAUUUGCUUGAUAUUGCAGUUCAAAUGAAACAACAUGGAUUAGACCCAUUAAAAACUCCAAAUGAUUAUGAAUUAAAAUAUCAAGCAAAUAGUAUGUUAGAAUAGUCUGUAAUUAAAAGUUGAUUCUUUUGCUGCCAUAAUUCUAUAUUUUUGAGCUACAUGCAUUUUAGGAUAUAUAUGCUUGUUAGAAUAUAUAUAAAAAUUAAAAUAAAUUACAAAAUUUUGAUUAUAAUUACACAUAUUUUAUAACUAUAUACACCAUUGUAUGCUUGCCAGAUGUAAAUAAUACGGAUAUUUUCAAGUAUCUAUGUCAUAUGGCGCAAA